AUGGGGGACCUUCCGACUCCGCGAGUUACCCCGUCAUCUCGGAGCUUUCUACAUUGCGGCCUCGAUUACGCCGGACCAGUCCAGAUUCGCAUUUCAAGCGGUCGCGGUAUCAAAUCGCGUAAGGCAUACAUCGCCUUAUUCAUAUGCCUCGCCAGCAGAGCAAUUCAUUUAGAACUGGUCGGCGAUUACACGACGUCCGCCUUUUUUGACGCGUUCUCGCGUUUCUGCGCUCGUCGAGGACUUCCGCGGGAUAUGUACUCAGACAAUGGAACGACGUUCGUCGGCGCCGACAAGGAACUGCAACGAGCCUAUCGUGCGGCGAUGCAAGAUUCAAAUUUCCGUAACGCUACCGCCUCCGACAAUAUUGCCUGGCACUUCCUUCCUCCUUCCGCGCCUCAUUUUGGAGGACUGUGGGAAGCAGGCGUCCGUAGCGUCAAAUAUCAUAUUCGACGAAUUCUUAAGAAUGCGACUCUCACGUUCGAAGAGUUCACGACGCUGUUAUGUAGGGUGGAAGCGUGCUUAAAUUCUCGGCCUCUCGCACCGCUUCGAGAUACCCCGGAUGAUUUCGAAAUUUUAACGCCCGGUCAUUUCCUCAUCGGAUCCGCGCUUAAUGUCAGUCCAGAACCUUCCGUGUUGAAUCUCAAGGAAAAUCGAUUGUCUCGCUGGCAGCUAGUCAGGCAUAUGACCGAGAGAUUCUGGAAUCUAUGGCAGACAGAUUAUUUGAAUACACUACAGCAACGCACGAAAUGGAAGACUCAGAAGCCUUCUGUAAAGGUCGGACAAAUGGUGCUUUUGAAGAAUUCCACACUCCCACCCUGCAAAUGGGAACUCGGUCGCAUUCUUGAGUGUCAUGCCGGAUCCGACGGAUUAACUCGCGUCGUGACUAUCAAGACCGCUACGUCAGUGUUCAAACGACCGAUCGUUAAAAUAUGCAUCCUCCCAGUCGAUACUGAAAGUCCAUCCCGGUAG